AUGGGCUUCAUGAAGAAGAUCAAAAAGUCGUAUGUUUUUACGCACAUGGAGGUCGGCAAGUACACGAAGCGCCGCACCAACAGCGCACAGAACAUGGAGAUCGACUACAACAGCGCGGGGCGUGUGGCCACGACAGAAUUCAUCAGCGAGUUUGAUGAGCCGAGAUCAACCCCCGUGACAGCUGUGCGCGCCAUGACCGCGCCCACCUGGUCGUCCAACAGCCUGCAGCAUGCCGACCGGUCUCCAGCCUCCAGCCAGGCCACCACCGCUGUGUCGUCGCCGCCGACGCCCACCAGCGAGCACAGCGAGUUCCCGGUGCCGCGCCCACGCCCCAAGCCCGCCCGUGCUGCCCGCUCGGCUGUCGACAUGCAGUCAGUGUAUUUUGCCCCCGGGCGCAACGUCAAGACGCCCAACGCAGCCACCGGAAACUCGCUGUAUCCGUCGGACAAGCCGCAGUUUGACAAAAACUCGGCCAGCUCCAUGGACUACUAUGUGUUUACGCCCACACGGCGCGAUGCCUCGGCGGCCAUGCCGCUGGACGAGCGCAAGCGCCAUCGCGCGCAGGUCAAGGCCGACCAGGCCACCUCAGCCCUGCAUAAGCACGAGCUGGCGGCUGAGGCCAGCGCUCCUGCGUCGCUGCCCACAAACACGAAUCCGUUUGUGGCUCGGCGCAAGAAGGCGCAGCAGCUGACAAGCCAGGGCUGGAACACUGCCAACCCCUUCGACGACCCGAUUGUCAACUCGGGCCGUGGCGGAGACCGCUCUGGGCUGGACCCGAACGACCCGCGCAAGUACCUAAAUACUCCCGUGUACGCCAACCAGGCUGGCGGCUUCGGCCCCAAUGCCGGCCUGGAUCUGCUUGCGUAG